ACGGAUGAGUCCUUCCGUCGAAUUGCCCAUGCCAGACUCGCCGGAGAAGUCUGAUGUGGCUCUCGUGCGGAUGACGUGGCAUGACUGGUUGACACCUGGACUGCUGAUUGUGUGAGGAGCUCAACCUGCAUCAACCAUGGCUGCUAAUGGAGCAUCAGCAACUUCGAGAAGAAGCCGCAGAGGAGUAAGAGAAGAAAAUUCUGCUUCAAGCUCAGACCCUUGUGUUGUGCACGACGGAGACCUGAAGGACGAUGUCGCCCCGAGAUGCUUCUGUGGAGUUUAUGCGAUAAUGUAUAUGUCGAAGACGAUUAGCAACCCAAACAGAGUCUUUUUGGGUUGCCCAUUAUAUAAGGAAAACCAACUACAUUGCAAGUUUUUUCUUUGGGUCGAUGAGCAUCUUGUUAGAAUUGGAAGCAGUGGUUGCAUCUUUGAUAAAAGACCUCUGAUUGAGAAAGAGGCAGAAGUUGUUGAAGAGGAAGAGGAAUUUCGUCAUAGGAUGGAUGUACUGGAGGAGAAGGUUACUGUGCUAGAGAAGAAAAAAAACCCGUUAGUUUGUUGUGUUGUUAUAAUUUGGGAUGCCCAAGGUGUCAUAUUUCUUCAUGUCUUUGGAUUGAUGGAUGGUGGAUUAGGAAUGAAUUUGAACAGUCUUGUUGUUGCUGUGCUUGCUGCUGCCAAUGUCUCCUUGGAAGCUGCUGUACUCGAUCCUGGCCUGACUUGA